AUGAACACUAAUGCUGAGCCUGAAAAGCUUAAAAACAUGGAGGAAAGAAUACAAAAAUUAGAAGAAACACUGACCACUUUAAAAAGCACAACACAUGACUUACAAAAUAAGCUUGAAUCUUUACAAAAAGAGAAUGAAGGCAAAAAAAUUGCCUUCUCGGCUGGACUUCUGCCAUCUGGAUUAGGACACACUGGGCCCGCUGGUACUCCGCAAACUCUUGUCUACAAAAAAGUUUUCAGUAAUAUUGGAAGUGCCUAUGAUUCAAAUAGUGGUAUCUUCACAGCACCAAUGAAAGGAGCCUAUUACUUCAGAUUUUAUGCUCAUUGUCACAGUGGAACCAAAAUGGCAGUCAGUCUCUUGAAGAACAGUCAAACUCAAUGCUCUGUGUUUUCAUGGAAGCCUGUCACCAAUGGUAAUGCCAGCAAUGGUAUUGUUCUCACACUGGAGUCUGGUGAUGAAAUGUCUACACAACUUUGGGCAAACACCUGGGUUUUUGAUGAUAAAAACAGCUACACAAGUUUCAGUGGUUUUCUUAUUUUCCCCUUGUGA